CAAACCAAAGCCAGAUCUUGUUGAAAACAUUUCAUAGCUGAACCGAUUUACUUCACAUCCUGUCCUUUGUUUGAAAUUCAUAAAAUAACUGUUUCAACGCUCGGUUAAAAGUUAAAAGUCGUUGUUUUAUUAAGAUUUGUUUAUAAUUCAUCGAUCUCUAGAGCUUAGCAGACGUGUUUUGGCUUAAGUUUUAAAUUUCUUUGUGCUCCUGUUCGCAAUGGAAGUUGAAACAAAAUCGACCGAGAUCCGAUGCCAGGAGAUGUCGAAGGGUGGGCUGGCGUACGAGGUGAUCCUCGCGGAGCCGGUGGGCGUGCCGGCGCCUGUGCCGCGCCGCGCAGACUCGCCCGAGAAGACGCCCUCCGUCGAGGAGAUACAGGAGAAACUCAAGGCGGCUGAGGAGCGCCGGCGGAGCCUGGAAGCGAGCAAGAUGGCGGUGAUCGCGCAGAAGAUGCAGAAAAUCGAAGAAGCGUCUCGCAUACGCAGCGAGCAGACCAACAACUUCAUAGCGACCACUAAGGAGGCGCUGGACGCCAAGAUGGAGACACACGAAGAGAAACGCGAAGCAUACAUCAACGAGUUGCGAGCCCGGCUUAAAGACCACUUGGAGGGCGUCGAGAAGACCAGAUUGACGUUGGAGCAGCAGACGGCUGAGGUGUACAAGGCGAUCGAGGACAAGAUGACGACGGCCGCCGAUAAGCGCGACGAGAACAUCAAGAAGAUGCUCGAGCGCCUGCGCGAACAUGAGGAGCAGGUGCGUAAGGUGCGCGCGGGCAACCAGGAGCGGUUCCAGCAGCUCGAGACACAGAUACAGGACAAGCUGCAGCAGGCCGCCGGCCGCCGCCUGCAGAUAGAGGCCGAGCAGAAGGAGAAACUGCGCAACCACAACAAUAAGCUCGCCGAGGUCCGCUCGACGAUAUCGGCUAAAAUGGAGGAGAUUACACAAAUCACGACCAAAAAACUGACUGUCGCCGAACUGAACAGAGAGAAAGAGAUGCAGAAGAAACUUGACUUCGUUAAGAAAGAGGAGCGGCGCGCGGAGCUGGUGCGGCAGAACAAGAGCGCGCGCGCCGACAGCGACGUGCACACCGCCGGGUAGGCGCCGCGCCCGCCGCACGCACUGCCGCCAGCUGACCACCACACUGCACUCGCGGCACGCCGCUUCACAUCUACACGCGACAAAUAUUGCGUCCACCGAUAGACGCAGCGACUACGUAGGCUAUUGGAAAGACAGCAUAGGAUAAUCUAAUUGCUGUCGUGCUUGUCUGCUGUAUUUGUCGCGUCACUUAAGCUGUGCCGCGAUCUAAAGAUCAAUAUUGCCAUUUUAGAUAAAUUGUUCCAGUGUGGUCUAUUUAAACCCCCCAGACCAUAAUAUCGCUAUAUUGCACCGGAAUCAUUUGAGCGACCAAUAAAUAACGUAACACCAGAAAAUCCGCUAAAGUUAAGUGAAAUUUGUCAAAGUUCGCAUAUACUGCAAUGUAACUCAGUGGUAACGGUCGUAAACCUACCUUUUUGAAAAACUAUAAAACUUGCCAAGACUAUCCCAUUGCCAGUGUAGAAUAAUAUGCGGACUUAAAAAAAAGAGACAAUAUGCGAUAUAAUUAUAAUUUAGGCUGGUAUGGAGUGCGGGCAGCAAGGCUGAACGGUGUCGAGUGACAUGACACGUAGGUCGAUUUUGGCGCUCAUUUUUUUUUAAUUUGACAGGUUCAAAACGCUGAUAUUCAAAACUGUCAAAUUAGAAUAAAUUAAUUUUAUGUCUGCCAGAAUCCGCAUAAAUGUCUGUCUCCCGAUGCGUAACCAAAUACUCGAAAUCAUGCUUUUAAAUACAUUGAGAAUUUCCGUUCGUCACCUAAAUUACGCCAACAUCGCUACUACGAAGGCCUACGUCCUAGACGGUUACUCAAGGCCAACUUUUAGUAUACCGAGUACAAAUUUUAAAAACCUCUAGUUCAUAAUUCACCGUUCCGAUACUAAAAGUUGGGUGAUGAAUAUGAGGGCUCCGUAAAGCAGUUUAAAUUCCUGUUUUAUUAUUUAUAUAUAGCACUUCGGUUCACGGUUCCAAUCACGGGUUUUUUAUGUUUUAAUUUCAUACGGGGCCCGCGGCGGACUUACCGUCGAUUUUACUAAAAGACGAGGUGAAAAGGAGACUAUCCCUAAUCGUUAGUUAUAGAUUUAUAUCAUUAUUUUUAACGUUUAACAUACACAACAGUAUUUUUAGGAUGGUAUUAUACCGGUAAAUUUAAGUUUCUUCACAUCGGAUCGAAUGAUCGGCGGUAGAGAUGGAAAUCGUUAUGGAGACACAAUAAAGAAGCGUGUGGUUGUAACGUGGGGGCUUAGCUGCUGUGACGUGUAGCGUGUGGGUGUGCUCGAGUGGUCGCUUCUGCUGUUGCCGGGUUGGCACGAGGACCGCAUACUUUCCACCGCAUCUUGAUCAAUGUAAUUCUUGUUUCAAUCCAAUGAAAUGGCGAAAUAACCUCAUGAAUUUGGCCACUUAUGCGGUCCGCGGGCCUCACUGAAGAAGGGACGGUCGUCAUCUAGUCUAACCACACGCUCCAACAGUAAAUGUUCCGUGAUCUCAAUCGGAUAACAGUCGAAACGGAAAGUGCCUCUAUUUCGUAAAUUGGCCCUUGGAUAUCAAUAAAAUGUAACAUAUAUGGAACUGCCUUCAUAGCGUUUUAUAUUUUUUUAUGUGUAGUUGGGGCGCCGGGCGGCGUAAGGCGUGCGGUGUAGGACACAAAUCGCUUCUGUGAUGUUUUGCUAGGUAGUUUAAUGGUUCGACUCUAGGCACAAACCGCCGGCUGGCGAGAGGGCACGCUGCCAGUGUCCCUGUAUUUUAUAGUAUAUUUUUGCCAUUCAUUUUAUCGUCUGUCAGAUAUGAUAAUAAUUGUAUAUAAUAAGAGAUGAUGUAUCAUGCUUGGCGCGAGCGGCGGGGCUUGCUUCUCCAUGUAACUACGCUCGAGUAAGGACUAGGUGUAAGUAACAGGCUUGUUGCUCGGUGAAGACGUAAAACCUCUGACCAAUUUGCCUUGGGUAUUGGUGUCGGUUCGGGCAACCACCAAAUUAAUUUUAACUUUGACAGGUUUCGAAUUAGCUCUAUCUCUCUCUUGCACUUAUUGUAAGUGAAGGACGGCACUAGUUUUAAGAGCUGUCAAACUAAAAUUAGGUUAUGUUGGUGUUCGCCAGAAUUCGCACCACUGUGUAGCCUUUUAGAUUCUCACGAUCGAGACAAAUCAUGUAAAACGAUGCAAUCGCAGCUUUCAGAAUAUUGUACUUUGUUUUAACGUAACUUUUGCGUAAUGUUAGUCAUACUCCUAUCUCUUAUUAUGGUGUUAUUAUGUUAUUUUUACAUUUUAUGUGAUUGAUAUGUGCUUGAGUUGUGAAGUAUAUGGAAAUUGCUGUUUUCAAAGUGCAGGCAACUUUUGUAGUUUCAUUGUCGUAUUAAAUAAAAGUCAUAAUUAAAUACUAAUAA